ACAGGUUCUCAGCCUGACACCUGGGGGAGAUUCUGGAGUCAGCGUUCAAGCUCACCUGAGAUCAGUAAACUGGACCCUCUAGGCAGAAGGCCGUAGCGAGAUGUUUGAAAACUGCAGGGUUUUUCUGUGUAGCCCUAGCCGUCCUGGAACUUGCUUUGUAGACCACCCUGGCUUUGAACUCACAGAUUCGUCUGCCUCAGCCUGGGAUUAAAGUGCUGGGAUUAAAUAUGCGCACCACCGUGCCUGCCUUUUUUUUUUUUUUUUUUAAAUCUUAAUGUAUGUCUGUGUGAGCUUGCCCAGAGAGGUCAGAGUUAAGGCCCUUGUAUGUCAACAGAAAAGCAGUAAGUGCUCUUAACGCCACCCCUCCAGCCCCACACCCAUCUUCCCUUUCCUCCUACACGCUCCUUUAGAACUGUCCCCCCCCAACUCCACCGCCCUCACAUUCUCCACCUAAAGAGAUGUUCUGUGACAUUUGCCCCACGUCACAGCCCCGCCCGGCGAACUUCAUGGAGUAGCUUAGCUCUCGGUCCUGCGAGUCACCCCCUCUAGCGCAAGCGCAAGGAAUAGGGGGCGGACUCUGAGCCGAGAUGGGUGACUGGAAGGGCUACAUCAGCGCGGUGCUGCGGGACCAGCGCAUCGACGAUGUGGCCAUCGUGGGCCACUCGGACAACCGCUGUGUGUGGGCAUCACGACCCGGGGGUCUGCUGGCGGCCAUCUCCCCACAGGAGGUGGGUGUGCUCACCGGGCCAGACCGGCACACCUUUCUGCAGACGGGUCUGAGCGUGGCAGGCCGCCGCUGCUGCGUUAUCCGUGACUUCCUGCUGGCCGAGGGCGACGGCGUACUGGAUGCACGCACCAAGGGGCUGGACGGGCGUGCAAUUUGCGUGGGCCACACACCGCGGGCACUUCUGGUGCUGAUGGGCAGACGAGGCGUGCAUGGAGGCAUCCUUAACAAGACAGUGCACGACCUGAUUGGUGGGCUGCGGGAGCAGUGCUCCUAGCUGGACCGCCAGGCCACCCGUGGUGGUAGGAGGACCAGAAUAAACCUUGAACGGAGAGCUGUGGGUUUACCCUCUUGGUGCAUGUGCGAGGACGUGCAAACAAGGAAACUAGUUUAUGGGGAGAUCCUUGCAGAACAAAGUGAUCCUGGUGGGCUUCCAGGUCUCCUGUCCCUGCCCAUUCCUCUUGUGGUAGAUGCCUUUGGUCUGGGUGUUAUGGUACUGCCCCAGGUCCCUAAACACGUCACAGCUGAGAAAUCAUACUGGGGUAGCAGGCUCUCAGAUUUUACCUCAGGCUUUACUACCAUUUUCUCAUGGAAUUUUCCACAUAUGUAGGCAUAACAAUGAACGAAGUCAUUCCCACCCACCUCCCUCCCCAGCACACACCAGCAGCCAAGGUCUGUGGGGUUUCAGGAUGGCGUUGAGUGACCCUCAGUAUGUUGGAGAUUGGCCCCAG